GUACGUAGUGCUUGCAUUAAAAAAAACAACCCAACAAACAAACAUGGCAGCCUCCAUGAGACUUCGACAUCCAAUUCAAGCACUAUACCAGAAACAUCUAAUCUUUCCUAAAUUUAUUAUCAAUUAUCAACUUAAUAUCGUAAGGGGAUUAAACAGUUUAAAAGUAGGUAUUUUUAAAUUGAUGUUUAACUGAUGCAUUAAACUUUAAUUAAAGUUAAUUAUGAGGUAAGACUCGCCAUUGGGGGGGGGGGGGGGGAUUUUCAGUAGUACUAGUGUCAGUAGUCUCAGUAGUAGUAGCAGACAUUAUGAGUAGGCCUAAAAAUAAUAUUGGCAUUGGGUCAGCUUACCGCUUACGUUCUCUUCGCCACGGCUUGUGGCAGUGUCAGGGCAGAGUCACUGAAACUGAUUGCCACUAAGGCCACUUGUUGAAACAUAGCCCACACAUUUAAUAAUUGAAUCUCUAUUUUGACCAAUUCAAUAAUAUAAAUAUAAUAAAAUAAUAACUGAAACUGAAGCCCAAUGACUACUGACUACUAGUCUAAUGAACUAAUCACCCCCUUAAAAUGUCACCCAUGCAUUAUAGUAAUGAGAGAGGCUACAAAUAUUACAAAUAAAUACUAGAACUAGAAGUUCUACGUGGGGGGUUGAUCAAAUAUCUUUUUUUUUAGUGCAGUUGUUUUGUCGGGCGAUAAUUGAUUGAUAUAAGGUUCCCACGCAUUCCCCAAAACAGGAAAUAGUUUGGAAUUUGGUAAAAAAUAUUCCUAUUUGUGAAAACCAGAAAAAAUGGGCAUUCUUCUAAGGAUAUUGUCCAGCUCAUCUGGAAUUUUUUUAAUUAGAAAAAAUUUGGAUUACAUGAAAAUGGAUGUUAAUCACAGAUGUAGUCUAUUUUUAGCCCUUCUGUUAUCAAAAUGCUUUUGCGAUGUAACUUUGGAAAUUUAACUUUGUUCUGCACUGCUUUGCCAGAUCGGAUAUUUUUUUUCUGUUCACUUCACCGAUCAAAAGAUGUUUGGGUAAGAAAGGUGUAAAAUACAGUAAAUAAUUAUUUGAAUGUAUUUUUCUUGUUUUUAAUAGUGUUUUAAAAAUUAUGAUUAGAAAACUAAAUGUUCAAUUGCUGUCUAAAAUGACUAAAGAGUCUAAGCUUAGCUUUAGCCUACUCUGUUAAGCUAUUUUUAAGUUUUCCUGUAGGAGUAAUUUAAAAAUACUAUGCCUAAUUUGAAUUAGCAAUAAAGGGUAUUUUGCUGAAUAAAUGUUGUUCUGGUAUGGCUUUUUGAGGAAACAGAAAUCAAAUAUCCAAAUUCAGCCAAAUUUACAAGAAAACUAUUGUUACCGUUUCCAUCUUCAUAUUUAGCUGAAUGUGGAUUUAGUGCCAUAAAUGAUUUGUUGCAACAAUAAAAAAGGAAAUCGGCUGGAUAUAACACAACAGGGAGAUUUGAGGCUGAAGCUAGCUAAAUUGGAACCCUAACAUAAAAUCUCUUUGCAGCAAGCAUCAAGCACAAACAUCUCACUAAAUUUAAAUAAUAAAUAAUUAAUAAUAAUUAAAAUAUUAUAGAAAAUUAUUUCAUUAAAUUAUUUUUACUUGAAUUUCAGUGCUCUAUUAUAUGUUUUGAAAUUUUACUUACUAUUUUUCCUCACCAAUCUCCUAGUGAUUUCUUCCUAAAACCUAUCAUAUAAGUUUCUUCAGUGAACUACCAUAUUUUUUAAAAAUUAUGUAAAUGAUAAAUGGGGGGGCAUAAUAAUUUUAGAAAGACUAAUGUAGGGCAUGGCACAAAAAAGGUUGGGAAACACUGGUCUUUAUGAUGUAUCCCUUACUAUAAACCUAAUAUGAAAAUAUAUUAAUUCUGUUUUGUUUCACUAUUCAGGGUUUAAGGUAAAUAAAAUAAUGCCCAACAGUUCCUAUAAAGACUGACGGUUAGGACAGCAACCAUGAUUGAACAAGCCAUCAUUACUACACUUUCCUGGAAAAAUUGAUAUCAAAUAUAUUUGCUGGAGAGUUCUCAGACUCAGGUGCAGUUUCGAUGUGAAAAUGUUUAAGAAACAUCAAUAAUCUGAUGAGACUUCAUAUAUCUAGUUCAGCCUUAUCACCUACCUUAGGCGUCCACUUCUGCAACUUCUCAGUCACGCUACCGACUUGUGUGUCCAAAAUAUAACUAAACCCUGAUUGGAGAGAUUUUAUAGACACUAAAGUGUGUUCACUCGAACUAACCAUUUUGAUCGCAAGAAGAAAUCAUUUACUCAAUAUAUGAAAAGAUGCUUUCCGCUUUUGGUAGCUAUAUGGAUGUUCUAAAAGAAGAGAACAAAGGAGAACAAAUUGCAAAAGUUUUCCUUGCACUUAAAAAGUAAACAACAUUUCAAAAGUAAAUUAAAAAAAAUUGCAAUUGCUAGGAAAUUGAAUAAAUAUUUACGUGUAUACACCUUUAUUGCUUAAUUUUGUCUAUCAGUGUUGUUUUUUAUAUUAUUGUUUUUGCUCUUACAAUUUCAUGCUUGUUUUUAUAUUAUCAACUAAUCUGUUGUGUUGCCAUAGUCAGAAAUUGUUUGCUUUUUAGUUGGAGAAAGUUCAGAAAGUAAGGAUUUUUAUUUCAAAAAAAAAAAAAAGUGGGAACCCUGUUUAUAAUAAGUGUUUUUAUAAAAUAAAUAAUCCCUUUCAAUGAGAGUUUUAAUUUCUGAGCUCUCUUUGUAUACCGGAAUGGUGCUGUGAAUUACAAAAGAUGCAUGGAGAGGAAGUGUGUUUUAAAUAACUUCUUUCUGCUUGCAUUUCUAUCUAGUUGGUCAAUUUGUUAUUUGUUUUUGUUGAGAGACACUCUACCACUCAAUUAUCAGUUGAUCAUCUAUCUCGUGCUCACAUGAAAGGUCGCAUCUGAUUUGUGUCAACAUCACUUCUGCUUCGUUUUGUGAAUGGCAGGAGAAGGGUUGGUAAAAGGGAGCUUAUGUGAGAGCUGUAGGAUUUUGGGGAUUUAAAAAAAAAGUAAUUUAUACUUGCUUUGUUGUUAAUAUACGGAUUAAAAUUUUAGCUUUAUUUUAGGUUAGCGGAAUGGGAUUUGGCAAGAGUUUUGUCCCCAUAAGCACAGUGACAUCACUUAAGAGAAUCCCAAAACUGGACUAGAGAGAAUAGACCAGUUAUUAGACGAUGUGUGUGAUAACUUUCCUAUUCUUCACUGAAGAAUCUGCAUCAUAAUAAUCUAAAUAUGACAAUCGAUUGGGUUUAUAUGAAAAAUAUUAAAAUGAAAUUUUCCAUUCAUUUUUAUUAAAAUUCAACUUACAAAGUUCAAAAGAAAUGAUAAAGGAACUCGUCUAUGUUGAUGGCUGGAAAAAGACUGGCAUGGCUAAAAAUGAUGUCUUUUUAUUUUUUUAUCACUUUUUAUUUCUGCACUCAGAGAUGUGUAUUUCAUUUGAGCAACUGAACAAGAAUUAAAGCAUUGGUUAGAAAAAGGCCAUCAGAAGCUGCAAGUGUCACUCCAUUAAUUACCAACACUGAGUGGGGAAAAAAAGGGGGGGGGGGCGGGGUUUGCAGGUUUUGAUUCUGGAGGCCUGUGCAAAAUGUGCCUAUACCUAGUAGAUUUAUACUCAAAUUCUGAAACAAUUAUCUUAAAAUUCUUUCAGUUUCAGUCCAUUAAUAGCAUAUUUAUAUUUCAAAGAAAGCCAAUUGUCAGCUAAAAUUGUGUGUGUGAGUGAAAUCCAUGGUUGCUCAUUAUUUUCAAAGGUUAAAGGUUAUAAAAACAUAGACACAAUGUUUGGUAAUGAAACAAAAUUUGUUUUGCGUUUUCAACUUGGUGUAAAUAGCAACAGUAAUAUUUUGCCUAGUCACAGCAUAUUUUUCUUCCGCGCCAGUGAUGUGAUUUGUGAAAAAAUUAGUUUGUUUGUGUGAACCAAACAGUGGGAUGCUAUUAGGAAGAUUGAAUUUUAAUUUUUCUGCCUUUUCAUGGCCAAAGAUUGAACAUGGUAGAAUAAGACUUACAAUACAAAAAAACAACAACAGCAGUGGGUAAACUUUAUGAAAAUUCUUUUGUGUGUUUUAAUGUUCCUCCCUACCUCACCACAUUUUGGAAAACUGAAAUCUAUUUCAGUAAUGAAUGCAUUUUAAGAAGAUUUAAAUUUAUUUUCUACUUGUUAGUAAUUUAAACUCCGGUUUGAUAGGAAGUCUUUUUAAAAAAGUUUUAAAAAUAUUUUUGGUUCUUUUGUACAAUUUGUUUGAUGGUUUUUGUUUAGGACAAAAAGAUGAUAUUUAGCUGAUAAGUCAUUAUUAAGUUUUAUAAACUGUGGUUAAUCAUAUUAUAUUAUGAAUUAUAUACAUAAGUGAGAAUUUGUUGGUGUGUUUGUUAGUUCCACAAUGGAUUGAUGGAUCUUGACCAAAUAUGGCACAUAUAUCCAUCAUUACCCAGAAUCAAAUACUGGGGGGUUUGAACUUUUUAUAACAUUCCGUUUGAGACUGGGGGCCCCGAUUUGUUUUUUUGUCUAAUAUGAGCUAUAUUAAUAAAAUUAACAACAAAUACUCCCACAUGAAUUGAUGGAUCUUGACCAAACGUAGUACACAUACACUUGAUUAUCCAUAUUCAAUACUGAAGGGUACUGUUCUCAUAAUAUCCAUUCCUCUGGGGCCAGGGGCCCCAUUUCAUUUUUCCUUCUUUGAGCUAUAUAAAUAUCAAUAGACUUAGACAACAUUAUAGGUUCUAUGUGAAUUGAUGGAGAUAGGCGUAGCUUUGUAGCAAUACACUUCAUUGUCCGUAUUGAAAUAUCGGUGGAUUUAAAACUAACAAUAUCCAAUCUAGAAAUUUCCAGAAGUUCGAAAACUUUAAAAAGCUAUAUCUAUGGCAUUAUUAAAUAGAUUUUAACGGAACAAAUUUUUAAUUUUAAAUCCAUAAUUUAUUUGAGUGAUUGUUAUGGGGCUGAACUGAUUCGUUACAAUUGUGGAAUGGGCAGCCACUGGGAACCAUCUUUCAACGUAAAUUUACUAUAGUUAUAGUAGUGCAUUUAGUCGUGUAAUUUUUCUUAUUCGAAGAAUAAUUACUUAGAAAAGACAUUUAUUUUUUACAUGUUUUGAGGAAAAUAUUACUUCAAUCUAUAAUGUUCUAGAAAGUUCUACAUUUUUCUACGGGCAUACAUAAUGGAAUCUAAAAGCUGAUUAAAAUGUUAGCUUAGUUCUAUAUUUUUCUACGGGGAUAUAUAAUGGAAUCUAAAAGCUGAUUAACAUGUUGGCUUAGUUCUAUAUUUUCAUGGGUAUUUUCUUUAAACAGGCCCUUCAUAAUCCCACCGGGAACAAAAUCCCCAUGGGAACAUGAUCCCAACGAGGUAGAGGAUCCUAAAGGUGAAUGAAUAAACGCGAUCCCAUGAAGUGAAGGGAUCAAAUAGAGAUCCUUUCAGCAAACAGGAUCUCAUUAGAGAAGAUUCCAACAGGAAGUGGGAUCCUAAUGGGAUCGGGAUUCCACCUGAAAAAGGGAAAAAGGUAUCCUACUUGAAAAUGGGAUCCCAUCGGGAUUUCAACUAGAUCGGGAUCCUAAUGAAAAUAGGAUGCCAUCAGGAUGUUGGAUCUUAUUUGAAAAAGAGAUCCCAAUUGGAUCGGGAUUCCAAUAGGAAUAGGAUCCCAUUGGAAAAUUGUAUCCUACUUGGAAAUUGUAUCCCAACAGUUCGGAAUCCCACAGGGGUUGGGAUCCCAUUUGGAGAUGGGAUCCCAAUGGGGUCAGGAUCCCAAUGGGUUCAUGAUACCGACGGGAUAGGGAUACAAAUGGGGUCGGGAGGCAGUCCAGGGCAACGCCGGGUAUAUUGGCUAGUAUUACUAAUAAUUUUGAUUUGAUAUACUAAUCAUAUUAUGAUUUUUAGAAAGGAUGUUUUCUCAAAAAAUAAAACAAUAAAGGCCAAACCACUAUCAUCCACAGACAAAAUCAACAGAAGUUUCAGGUGGUCAUAUCACAACAGAUUCAAAAGUAGAUGCAGUGGUAGCUUCGAAGUUGGAUGAAGACCAUGUUGGCAAAAGUGGCCACAUAAGUUACAAAAGCCAUCCUGGUAUCAUACAACGAAGGAGAUCACAAUUACCAACACGACUAGUCAAAGCCAUCAAAAUUUUAUUGGAAAGCAAGUAACAGUAUCAGUUAUGUUAGCCAUCUGUUAAAGAUUUCAUCAGUUAGAUGUGGAUGUUUUAAAACAAUGUGUUUUUAAUCCUUUACGCAGCCCUCCCCUCCCCACCCCCGGCUGAAAAUUACUUAGAACAGUAUGGCUAAAUAGUUUACUUAGACACGAACAACUUGUGUCAAUAUAAUAAUUUAUGUUAAGCUUUAAUAAUAAUUUUAUAUAAUACACAAAUAAACGUUUCGGCACAUGCCUUCAUCAUCAGUUUAACAACAAAACAUUUAUAUAAGUAUCAAUUAAAUUUACAUAAUAUAGAUGAACAUAUAUCCUAACCUAAAAAAAAGAGAGACAAAUAUGAGUGGCCGCAAAAACCAUACAGAAACAAAGUAAAGAAAAAUGGGAAGGAAGCGAUUUGAAGUAAAAUGUAAAAAAUCAAACAGGAAAAAGACAUGGCAGCUUUAUCGCAGUCCAACACUCUUAUGACUAAAUAGGGAAUGAGCUCACCAUUCUUUAAGAUUCAUAUUAUAAAAUGUUCAUUGUUAACUGGGAGGGUUAUCUGAAACACCAUUCAGAUGCUUAUUGCAAAAUAUCAUUUAUGUUGAUUCUCAAGCAGCUUGAUGGCGGCCUAAUUUCAAUUUGUCCUUGGGUCGUUCAAAGAUUGUGGGAAACAUUGCACUCAGAAUUUCAUGUGACUCUUUUGCCUGAAUAUAUUUUGCUAGCCCUGCAGUGAGCCUGAUUUGUAACUAGGAGUUAAAUGGGCACAGCUAUUCUUAGGAUUAAGGAAAUCCAUGAAUAAAACACAUCUCUACCACCCAAGGGGAAGGCUGGGCAAAUGGUAAAGUGGAAGAUUGGGCAUCUGUUAUAAAUCGGCUGUCAAAGGUAUAAAAAAUAAUAACACAUAGAGUAGGGAAAAACGUAUAGAAAGACAAAACAGGGUUUCCCCAUCUCUGUGUGUUACAGUAUAUUUCUUAUUGCUUCAACCUGAACGCUGUCCUCCCGUCAUGCUGUCAAAUUGGGCUUCAGCUAACUUAUAUAACUUUUUCAAAUAGUUAAUAUUUGGAUCAAGAGGCAUAGUUAUUUAAUUAAGGAGCUCAAUUUUGAUUCCUUGGCAUCCAUAAUGAGGGUCUAGUGGGGGUUGUCCCAUGAUUUAAUCUCCAAAUCAGACAGCAAAAAGUCCCAACUCAAACACAAAAGAAAUCCCAACUCAUACAACAACAAAAAGUUGUGAUCUUUUAAUGUUGUAAUAAAUUAUCUCUUUCAAUCUUACCCUGCAGGAUAUCCAAUCAAAACAUUGUUAACGGAGAAAGAAAAGUUAUUGAGAUACCUGCAGCAAAGACAGGUUCCACUGAGCUCUUUAGAGUUGACUGAGAGGGCAAGGGCGGUAGAAGAUGACAUUCAUAGUAAAGGUUUGUUUUUUCCUCUUUUUUGACAAGCAUUCUCUGAUUUAAAUACAUCUUAGAUACUUGGCAAACACUUCCUGAAUUUUAAAAAUAUCGUUAAGUUGUUUGCCACAUAAUUAGGUGAUUAAAGAAAUGAUCAUGCCGGCUGUGUAAAAAUUUGUUUUAUCUUUGACUCAACUUCUCUGUAGGACGUCUAAUAUUCACUGGUCUUGAAAUACAUUUUGUUUUUACAUACAAAAAUAAGUAAUGUAAUCAUGCAUGUAAUUUCCAAAGGAUUUUUAAAAAAACCAAAAAAACGUUUAGUUUACUCUGUAAAAUAUUUGAGGAUCUAAUAUUGGCUUUGAAACAUUGUACGGUUUCUAAGCAAAACAUGACACAAAUUAUUUUUCUCUUUUAAGAGGGUAACAGACUGCAGGGUUUAACAGGGCCAGAUUUACUGGCAGCUACUGAAACACUCAGGCAGAAGGUGCUGAACAGACUGCGACACACUACAUAUCACUGGAAGCCUAUGGAGUAAGCUUGCAUUUAAAUUAGAUUUUAAGUUGCAUGCCCAGUGGUUAGGGAAGAGAUCAGGUCCUGUAGUGUUUAGUCUGCAGAAGAAGGCAUCCAGCCGACCGUAACGUUCAGUCUUUUGACUGUCCUGUAUUUUCAUUCCAAGAUUAAACCUACAUUAUUCUACCCUUUCCUGAAGUGUUACUUGACUGUAUCUUUGUCUUAUGUUUGGCAUUUGUUGUUUCUCACUUUUUCCUUAAAAAUUUGAUUUUUUCAAAAAAAAGCAACAGAUCUUGUGAUUUUGAUGAUACAGUGACCUAUCAAUUUUUUCCUUAUCAUUAUUGAAUAUUUCAAGUUGAGUUAAGUUGUGUCUGUUUUAUAAUCUAGUUAUUUAUUUAUUAUCUGUUUGUUAUCUAUUUAUUAUCUAUUUCAUUUUGUUAUCUUAUUGUCUCCUCCAAGCAUAGUUUUCUUGUUGGGCAUCCAUGGUUUUGCUAACCAAAGUUUUGAUCUGUUCCAGUCCAUUUGAGAGAUCUCAGAGUCACUUGCAUAACUCAUUCUGGGUUUUAAGCUUGUUUUGAAGCAUUUGCUUACCAGCUGAUUAAAAUAAAACAAAAAACAAACUUAGAUGACUAACUUAAAGCGAGAAUCCACAUCACCAACUUCAUGCAUAUUUAAGAUAGGUCUGCUCCAAGAAUGUUAAGUUGAACCUUCUCUGAACCGCAGGGAUUUAAAAUGUAAGAAUGUUGCAUCUGCCUUGGAAUGGCCACAAAACGCUUUUGAAAAAAAAAAAAAAAAAGCGUAGGCUAUAAAAAAAAAGCUGUUGCCAUUUUUUCCCCCUCCAGCUGUUUACAGCGAGCCCAACUAUUUUUUAAGUUGAACCUUCUCGGAACCGCAGGGAUUUAAAAGGUAAGAAUGUGGCAUCUGCCUUGGAAUGGCCACAAAACGCUUUUGAAAAAAAAAAAAAAAAAAAGCGUAGGCUAUAAAAAAAAAGCUGUUGCCAUUUUUUCCCCCUCCAGCUGUUUACAGCGAGCCCAACUAUUUAAUUGACUCUUCAGUAAGACAACAACCAUCAUUGUGAACCACUACCUCCAGGAGCCCUUAGAAUCUCACAUCCAGCCUGCAAUAAAUGUUUCCUCUCAUGCACCACAUUGUGUGCUCAAGUUUAUCCUGAGCUUCAUUCUUAAUUCUUUCCCAAUAUAAUUUAUUCCUUGCAAGUUCACCCCGCAAAGUAGUGAGUGGGGCUCAAGCCAGUCUUGCAAAUACAGUAGAACCCCGUUAUGCCAAAAAGCGUUAAGAUAACCGAUGAUUGAGAUCAACGAAAACCAAUAUGGCGGUAAUAUAUUAACAUGUGCUUGAAAUUUCUUAAUGUACAUGAUGUGCGUUAAUAAAUGUAGGUACUUCCAUAAAAAAAUUUAAAAUAAAAAAAAAAAUUACAAUUAUUUCGAGCCAAUUUCAAAAUUUAAAAAAAUGAAAUCAGAAUCAACUUUUUAACCUUAGAAUUUUUUGAACUACGAAUUUUUAUAAUAAGAGUUUGUUUGGUAUUUUCUACUAUGGACAAAGCUUCCACAUUUUGGGACCUCCUUCUGCUAAUCGUGUCUUGCGCAAUGACUAUAUAGUUUAUAUAAGGCAAGGCUUCCCCUUUUACUAAAACACUAUUUAGUGACUACUUAUUUUGAACUUUCAACUUUGGCACAUGACUAUUUCAUUAAAGCUUUCCCCGAACCAAUGGUUUAAUAGCUUUUGCACACGGCAAACUCAUAUGAAUGAAACUCUGAAGUAGUACCAUGGCAUAGCCAUUAUGCCAGUGACCAUGAAUGACUUCCCAUGAGAACAUUUUGCACUCGGCAAAUUAUGAUUGUUUAUAAUAUGGACCUUACCGGGUUUUUAAACGUCCAAUUAAAACAUAUUUUUAAAAAUUAAUUCUAGGUUCAUUCAAAAACACAAGUCCUGUAUUUUGAGAAAGAAAUAUUUAUUUCUAAUUAUGCACAACUUGUUUAUUUUUUGUUUGCUAUUUCUUCUUGUGGAAUUCAAAAGCUGGCUAUUGGUCAUGGGAAUCGAGAUAACCGAGGUUAAGUGACAAAUUUGGCCACCUUUUGUGCUCGCGAUAUCAGGGUUAGGCGACGUAAAAUAAUCUACAUAACCGAGGAGAAAAUUAGGUGGUUCUGCGUCAAUAGCGUUAACUUAACAGGGUUGGCGUGUUAACUGAGGUCAAGAUAAGUGGGUUUAACUGUAGUCCAGAAAUUUUGUUUUGUGUCUUGACAUGACUCUGUAAGUAGACGUGUCAAGAAAUAUUUCAUAUUUCUUCUGAUCUCAUACUGUUUUAAUGUAACCAGAUGACUUUUUUGAACAUUUGGUAGUUGUCUACACAGUCUUCCAUCUGUAUUUCUUAGCCCUUCUUAAGUGCUACGAUUUUGGCUUGAUGUUCAGGUGCAAAUGAUGUUCAGGUACAAAUGAUGUUCAGGUACAAAUGAUGUCAGGUACAAAUGAUGUCAGGUACAAAUGACGUUUUCAUUUAGAAAAAGUUGAUUAAUUUUAAAUACAUUUCUUUGUCAUUUGUACAAGUCAGAACUUUUUAAGUUAAAACUUGAUAUCUUGCACUAUUCUUAGAUAUGAUGCAGUCAUGUCUUAUAUCUACAUGGUGGGGUGCGUGGCAUCAAAUUACUCCGUUCUAAUGCAGUGUUUUACCGAGGUAAAGAAAUUAGUCAUUUGUUUUGUUCCAAUGCCCAGGUUUUUUAAAGAUAUUCCUUAAAUUUAAUAACUCAAAAUUAUUAUAAAAUUUUUAAAAGAAAUCCUUCUGUUACCCUUGGAGGUAACGCGUACAGUAUAUUCUCAAGGUCCCAUUUUAAAAGUAUCAUUUAAACUAUAAAACUUCAGUACUUUCUCAUUUUACUCUUCAGAUUUCACAACGAGACCCUGACUUCAAACCUACAACUGUUUAUAAUUUUGGUAGCAGAGUUGGAGCAGCCAUAUGGUAGGAUUUUACCUCAAUGCGCUGAGAGAUGAUAUUAAGAUGGCAAAUGCAUAUUAAUAUUAAGAUACUAUUGAGAAACUAGUAACCCUUGUUCACUGUUGAUGAGAAACUAGAUAAACUUAUUCACUGUUGUUGUGAAACUAGAUACCCUUAUUCACUGUUGAUGAGAAACUAGAUACCCUUACUCACUGUUGUUGAGAAACUAGAUACCCUUGUUCACUGUUGUUUUGAAACUAGAUACCCUUGUUCACUGUUGUUUUGAAACUAGAUACCCUUGUUCACUGUUGUUUUGAAACUAGAUACCCUUGUUCACUGUUGUUUUGAAACUGGAUACCCUUGUUCAUUGUUGUUGAGAAAUUAGAUACCCUUGCUCACUGUUGUUUUGAAAUGAGAUACUCUUGUUCACUAUUGUUGAGAAACUAGAUACCCUUGUUCACUGUUGUUGAGAAACUAGAUACCCUUGCUCACUGUUGUUUUGAAACGAGAUACCCUUGUUCACUGUUGUUGAGAAACUAGAUACCCUUGUUCACUGUUGUUGAGAAAUUAGAUACCCUUGCUCACUGUUGUUUUGAAACGAGAUACCCUUGUUCACUGUUGUUGAGAAACUAGAUACCCUUGUUCACUGUUGUUGAGAAACUAGAUACCCUUGCUCACUGUUGUUUUGAAACGAGAUACCCUUGUUCACUGUUGUUGAGAAACUAGAUACCCUUGUUCACUGUUGUUUUGAAACAAGAUACCCUUGUUCACUGUUGUUUUGAAACGAGAUACCCUUGUUCACUGUUGUUUUGAAACGAGAUACCCUUGUUCACUGUUGUUUUGAAACGAGAUACCCUUGUUUACUGUUGUUGAGACUCUAGAUACCCUGAUUCACUGUUGAUGAGAAACCCAACAUGGCUGCCCCCCUGCUGUGCCAACUACAAUCUUCAAAUUAGAUCAUCUUUUAAAUUAACUCCUGCUUGAUUUCAAGAAGCCCUUCCCUUUCCAGACCCUCUCACUUUACUUCCCUCUCUUCUAGUUUCUGCCACUCUCAUCUCUCCCUAACGUGGAUGUCCUCUUUAAACUUAUAUGUUUUCACACCAAGAUUUUUCCCAUAUGUUAUGAACUGGAUCAAGGAGCGUGAACGUUUGCUUAUGGAAGUUGUUGAUCGAGAGUUGUUGAGACGUUUUGUGAGGGCGAUUCGAAAUUGGUGGGGGGGGGGGAGGUUAAAUAAGGUUAGGCAUGGAGUUAUGUUGUUGUCAGUGUGCUGAGUGAUCAUUGUAGUGAGACCGUGCAAGCUAGUUAGUCAGUGGAGAUGAGAGUUGUCUGAGUGAUCAUUAUAGUGAGAUGGUGCAAGCUAGUUAGUCAGUGGAGAUGAGAGUUGUCUGAGUGAUCAUUGUAGUGAGAUGGUGCAAGCUAGUUAGUCAGUGGAGAUGAGAGUUGUCUGAGUGAUCAUUGUAGUGAGAUGGUCCAAGCUAGCUGGUCAGUGGAGAUGAGAGUUGUCUGAGUGAUCAUUGUAGUGAGAUGGUGCAAGCUUGUUAGUCAGUGGAGAUGAGAGUUGUCUGAGUGAUCAUUGUAGUGAGAUGGUCCAAGCUAGUUAGUCAGUGGAGAUGAGAGCUGUCUGAGUGAUGUAAGAUGGUGCCAGCUAGCUAGUCAGGGGAGAUUAGAGCAGUCUGAGGACAAGAGCCAGGGUAGUGAAGAUAUUUGUGGAGAACAUUUUGUCAGCUGCCAGUUGUGGUAAUAAUAAAUAAUUGAUAUGACUUCAUUGAACUUUGGUUGUUCAAAUUAAGUGUGGACCAAACAGGAUUGUGUGCGUAGUGAAGUAAGAAAACGUUGCCACUAAUGACACCAAGGAUCGUAAGAUUUGACACACACGGAACCUCCUAACAGAAGAAGGUCGCACGAUUUCAAAGCACAGAACUUUCAUCAGAAAAAGAUCAUAACACCAUACUAAUGCCUGUCCAUGGUUAUCUGUUUCUAAUGCCUGUCCAAGGUGACCUGUUUCUAAUGCUUGUCCAAGGUGACCUGUUCCUAAUGCCUGUCCAUGGUUAUCUGUUUCUAAUGCCUGUCCAUGGUUAUCUGUUUCUAAUGCCUGUCCAUGGUGAUCUGUUUCUAAUGCCAGUCCAAGGUGAUCUGUUUCUAAUGCCUGUUCAAGGUGACCUGUUUCUAAUGCCUGUCCAUGGUUAUCUGUUUCUAAUGACUGUCCAUGGUUAUCUGUUUCUAAUGCCUGUUCAAGGUGACCUGUUUCUAAUGCCUGUCCAUGGUUAUCUGUUUCUAAUGCCUGUCCAUGGUUAUCUGUUUCUAAUGCCAGUCCAAGGUGAUCUGUUUCUAAUGCCUGUCUAAGGUGACCUGUUUCUAAUGCCUAUCCAUGGUUAUCUGUUUCUAAUGACUGUCCAUAGUUAUCUGUUUCUAAUGCGUGUCCAUGGUUAUCUGUUUCUAAUGCCUGUCCAUGGUUAUCUGUUUCUAAUGCCUGUUCAAGGUGACCUGUUUCUAAUGCCUGUCCAUGGUUAUCUGUUUCUAAUGCCUGUCCAUGGUUAUCUGUUUCUAAUGCCUGUCCAAUGUGACCUGUUUCUAAUGCCUGUCCAUGGUAACUUGUUGCCUAUGCCCAAUCAUGAUGACCUGUUCUAUUUUCCUGUCCAUGGUGACCCUUUGCUGUGUUAUUAUCCAGUUCUCCCAUUGUUCUGUUUACAUUCCUCAGAUAGUUAUUGGUAAUCAAAUUUUAAUUUUAACGCUGUGGGCUUCAAGCAUGACUAUGAAUGAUUUAUCUGCAGGGCUGCAGACGCAAUGUGGAAAGGCAUAGGGGAAUAUUACUGCGUGGACGCAUCAGCACACAUGAACACUCUGGCGCAGCUCUUGUUACAAGGUAAGCUGUCACAUGAACACUCUAUUAACCAGAAAUUAAUAAUAAUAAUAAUAAUAAAGUUCAUUUCAAAAACACGCUUCAUCCCCAAAGGCUCGAAGUGCUGUACAAAGUCAACAAAAAACAAAUCUAUAAUUUACCAAAUUAGUAUGAAAUCAAUUUGUUAAUAACCAAAAUGUAUGAAGGAAUGUUGUAAUUUUGGGUUAGAAGUCUUUAAGCUUAAAGUAGGGGGCCCGUUUUAAUAAAUAAUAUGCACAUAGAGCCACAUAGACUUGAUAUUUGUAUGAUCUCAUCCAGAAGAGUAACCUAGAUAGCUUUAUCCCACUGUCACAAAUGUGGAAUGUUUAAAAGGGCUUGUUACUUCACAGGGCUGACCAAAUGUGGAAUGUUUAAAAGGGCUUGUUACUUCACAGGGCUGACCAAAUGUGGAAUGUUUAAAAGGGCUUGUUACUUCACAGGGCUGACCAAAUGUGGAAUGUUUAAAAGGGCUUGUUACUUCACAGGGCUGACCAUGUGUGGAAUGUUUAAAAGGGCUUGUUACUUCACAGGGCUGACCAAAUGUGGAAUGUUUAAAAGGGCUUGUUACUUCACAGGGCUGACCAAAUGUUUAAUAAGCCUCAUUCCAUAACUUAAAUUUUUGUAUACAAUUUAACAAUAUUUUAUAAUCAUAAAACCUAAUUUUAUAAAAAUAUUAAAUGCAAGGAUUUUUAAGAAGAUAUUUAUGUAUUUUAUUUCUUGCACAUUUGUCUUUUGUUUUUUCUAGAUGCGAAUGAACAUGUCAAAAGCACUUCAAUAAAAGGCGUAUAUUUUAGACAGUUUGAACCCAGUUCAAAGGUCAGUUUCCUGACAUAAAAAUCUGCUCUAUUUUGGAACAGAGCAAUCACAAAAAUCAUUUUAAAAGAUAGACUCUUAGACUUAAGACAUAAAUAACUUAUAUUUUUUUGAUAGCUUGUUUUAUGUAGUUUCUAUUCUUAUAUGUAUGUAGCGGGAAAAAAAAGAAGGAAUAUAUAAAUAGUGAAAAAAAACUAACACCAUUUUCCUGGACAAACCAUCAUCCUCAAGUGGAUAAAAAAAGUCACCACCUCCUGGACAAAGCAUGACGUCCACUGGAAAAAACAUGACCUUCUAUACUAGACAAAACACGACCUUCUACUAGUCAAAACACUGUCUUUUUUAAAUUGAUCACCUUUCCGCAGCUUAUGUAUCAAAAAUUUCAGUACUAAAUAUCUAGUAUAUUGUUAUGGAUAAUAGUAAAGAAACAUUAAAUUUGUUGAAACAAUGCUACAUUGGAUGAAACUAUGUUUGAAACAAUGCUACAUUGGAUGAAACAAUGUUUAAAACAAGGCUACAGUGAAUACAACAAUGUUUGAAACAAUGCUACAUUCAAUACAACAAUGUUUGAAACAAUGCUACAUUCAAUGCAUCAAUGUUUGAAACAAUGCUAGAUUUGAAUACAACAAUGUUUGAAACAAUGCUACAUUCAAUACAACAAUGUUUGAAACAAUGCUAUAUUCAAUACAACAAUGUUUGAAACAAUGCUACAUUAGAUGAAACAUUGUUUGAAAAUGAGUUAUUUCAAGCAUUUUAAAGUUUUUCUUGGCUUCUUAGGUUUAAUGUUGAAAUGUUAGAAAAAUAAUUUCUUUAAUAAAUUUCUGUUCUUCUCCAGAAUAAGUUUUCUUUGGUGGUGAGUCCCUACAUGUUGAUAGAGCAGCCAACACAACAGGACAGACUGGCACUAGUUCAAAACCUCUGGGAAAUGACAGAAGAUUACAUGGUAUAAAAAAGAACUCGGGGAGUUUUUUCUACAGAUAUAUUUAAUAGUCCACUCAUUCUGCUUGUUUUUAUAUAUAUAUAUAUAUUACCUCUGGGAAAUGACAGAAGAUUACAUGGUAUAAAAAAGAACUCGGGGAGUUUUUUCUACAGAUAUAUUUAAUAGUCCACUCAUUCUGCUUGUUUUUAUAUAUAUAUAUAUAUAUAUAUAUAUAUAUAUAUAUAUAUAUAUAUAUAAAAAAAAAUUUUUUUUUUUUUUUUUAUAUAUAUAUAUAUAUAUAUAUAUAUAUAUAUAUAUAUAUAUAUAUAAAAAAAAAUUUUUUUUUUUUUCUUACUUAACAAAUGGUCAGUGUCUCAAUAUCAAUGUUCAUCUCUGAAGUGAUCCAGAGGUUUCGCUUUCAUUAAUUAGUGAAUUAAAAUUUUUAUUAGUAUGCAGAGGUUUAAUUAAUGGAAAGAUGUGCCACCAGAUAAUGCAUAGCAAAAGAUAUUGCCAAACGCCUGAUUGUGUCAAGGUUUGGCUGUCAUUGAGUUAACAGCCUGCAUGUGUCAAUGCAUGGCUAUCGUUGAGUUAAAAUCCUGCACGUUUUUCAUCUAUGGCUAACAUAGAAUAAACAACAGCAGGAGUUUGUUUGUCUAGAGUUUCAAAUGCUGUUCACGAUUCAUGAGCAAUUGCAUGCGGUUUUAUCUUUAUGGUUAAUAAAUGUCUUUCACCCAAACGAACAGGUUCUGGUCGAAAAUGGCACAGGGGCUGGGUUUAAGCUGAUCAAUGAGGCAAGGGAAUACUUGACCCAAGUAAGCUUUUAUUUGACCUAUUUAGUCACGUUAAUAAACCAUUUUUUUUGUUGUUUUGGCAUCACAAGGUGACCAUUGUGUAGCCUUCAAAAGGUUAAGGUCACAGUGCCUUGAAUUUGUGUUAGGAGAAUAAGAUGAGGUCAGCAAAGCCCCUAUCCCCACUCAUCUGGUCAAUAGAAGGGAACAUCAGGUUUGAAUGGUACAGCUUGGAAGGGAACAUCAGGUGUGAAUGGUACAGCUUGGAAGGGAACAUCAGGUGUGAAUGGUGCAUCUUGUGAGGGAACAUCAGGUGUGAAUGGUACAACUUGGGAGGGAACAUCAAGUGUGAAUGGUGCAGCUUGGAAGGGAACAUCACAUCAGGUGUGAAUGGUGCAGCUUGGGAGGGAACAUCAAGUGUGAAUGGUGCAGCUUGGAAGGGAACAUCACAUCAGGUGUGAAUGGUGCAGCUUGGAAUGGAACAUCAGGUGUGAAUGGUGCAGCUUGGAAGGGAACAUCAAGUGUGAAUGGUGCAGCUUGGAAGGGAACAUUAAAAAAAAGUGUGAAUGGUGAAGCUUGGCACCAAGAGCGUCACAGGAAUUAAUGAAAUACCUUCUACUUCAUCUCCGGAUUUUAAUUCAGAGUUGUCCUUCUCUUAGAUUGAGUUGUCAUUCAAAGUUAACGAGUCCCAUCCACCCAGUUUUUCAGGUGUCGUUUUUGGUUAUUUGUUUUUUUGCUGGGGAUUGACCUCCAAUCCAUGUGUUUGAAAUUUACUCAUUUUUGACCUCACAGCCAUCCAUUCACCGCAAACCAUUUAAUUAAAUAAUUUUCUUUGUAACAGUAAAGUAAACAAUUAAGUGAACUUUUAAAACAAUAAACUAAGCAUUUUCAUGAGAUUCAGUGGAGAAAUUGAAUGCAUUUAUAAUUCAGAUCCUUUAGCUCAGAAGAACUGGAACAUCGCUGUUCUAGCUAGUUUUAUUCAAUCAAAAUUGGAGUUAUUUAUUCGUCAAUCUUUUUCAAGGGUUAAUCCUCUGUAACUUUGAUCAAUUUUGACAGCUUUGGAACAGCACUCCAGAUCAGCAAGGUCACGUAUUUGCACCGGUACGUAACAUUACUACAUUCACAACAGCUAAACUGUUAGUUGAGGAAAAAUUGUUAUUGCAGGUGUUUCCUUUUGCCAUCUUUUUGCCCUUGAUCCAUUUGUAAAGCAAUUUAACAGACAAGCAGUCAUGGGAUUCCUUGCUGACCAAUCAGAGGAAACCCAUUGAGGCUUGUCAAGACUUGGGCCGUUUCAUAAGAAAUGCUCCUUACUGAACAUUUUAUACAUUUGAGCCUUUAAGCCUUCCUCCACAUCACCACCAUAAAAAAUCUCAUCAGUGCUUGAGGUUUGUCCCUGUGUCUGCAGUUUUCAACAUUAUUUAUUUAGUUACUGGGAUCCUGUGAUGCAUCAGUUUGGGUGUGUUUGUAAGGAAAGAGCAGCCUCCAAUGAUUCUUCUAACAGUAAUAAUAAGUUUUUUUGGGAUGUUGUUCAAGUUGUCGCAUUCACUUGGCAGACGAGGUCACUCUUUCUGUUUUUAUGUUCCUGCGUUUUUAUUCCUUUAAUGGAAAUCUGGCAGCACGCUGGUUGGGAAGAACCACCCUAGAAAAUCAACUUGUUACAAUAAAUUCAUAAAACUGUUCUAUGUUAGUUAACAUUUCAAUGUCAUGUCGCUUGAGUUAAGAUGUUUUUAUUAAUUAGUCUAAAUAAAUCUCAUUGAAAUUUGAUUAAGUGCAUGGUAUUGUAAUCCUCAGUGUCCACAUGACCGGCCCUGCCCUAGAGUUGCCAUAAAUCAACUUUGUCUCACCAAGUGUGUUGUUAAUGAGCCAGACUUUGCUGCAAGUAAAUCCGUACGUAUAAAAGAAUUUUUUAAUCAAAUUUGGAAAUACUGGGUUAUUAGAAAUGUUGUGUACAUUUGCUGGGGAGUGGGGGGGAUCUUGGUAGAAAGCAUGUACAUUUACUGAGACAAAAAAAUAAUAGUUCUGCAAUAUUUAUCUUGGAAUUCUGACAUUCCAUAAGUAACCUAUUAAUAUAUCUAAUGCUAUAAAAAUAUCAUGCAGUGUUUAGUAAUUGUUGUCUUACUGUUAUUUUGUUUUGUUUUCACAAGUGAACACGAUAGAUAUCACAAUAGUAGUACGGUAGCAACAGUAAUAUUUAGUCCACUAUUUGCCUUUGAAGCCAUCAUGAACGUCACACAUAUUUUGUGAAACAAAUUAGAUACCUGUACCACACUUUAAUCACACUUUAUCAAAAAAUCAUGGACCCCGACACACAUUUUUAAAGGAAGUGUGUGGGGAUCCAUGAAUUUUUUAUAAAGUGUAAUUUUGUCAGGUAUGGACUCAGAUGAUGAAUGUGGUAGCUAGAGACUGACCGAAAGUGAUUUUCUGAUUUUUGCCGAAACUACACCGGAAGUUAAAAAUGACUUUGGGCCCAAACCAAAGCCAAAAGCUUAACGAGACUUAACCCUAACCCUAAACCUUUCAAAAUUCGUUCAUGCACAUAUUCUGCGUACAUCGAAAAAUGAUGGGAGAAAGUACUAAUAUUUACAUUCUUUUUAUAAAAUUAGAUGAUCGUGAAUAUUAAUAAAUAAACAUCUAUUGAAUACUUUGGCUUUUAACAUUUUAAUAUAAAAUUAAUUUAAAUUUCUUAAAAAUGUAUUUUAAAGUAGUAUGGUAAAAGAAAAUUUGGAUGGUGGGGUGGGAUAUUCAUGCAAAAUAGACCCUUGAGUGCCCUUUGCUUUUAUCAUAUACAUACGAAAGCUACCUAGACACACAUAUCUACAAUAAUUAUUGUAAUUAUUGUGGCUCAAAUAAAGCCAAUUGUCACCUAAAUAUCAGUUAUUAAGGCGUUAAAAAUAUCACCACAAUAUUUUGCGAUUAUCGUCAUACUAACAGACCUGUUUACUCUUACGAUUUUGGCGUACAAUGUACGAUUUUAAGGUGUAUACAUGUUUAUACUGUACUGUUUAUAUUUUACAAUUAAGAUAAUGUUUUAAACGAUUUUGUGAUGAUAUUGUACGAUUUGAAGAGUUUGAGGGUAAACAGGUCUGUACUAAUGCUUUGCAUUUUCAUAAAUAGCUGGCUGGAAAUAGCUGUAGAAAUAUUUAGCCUAGUCACUUGUCUUUCCAUGCUGGUGGCGUAAUUAUUUUGUUCAGCGACCGACCUCCCUUUUCCAUUGGUAGGGGAAAAAUAAAUUUUUAACUCGGUCUCUUAAAAUUGUUGUUCUGACGAGUCUCGACAGAGAAUCUCAAAAAACAUUUAAAUUGGUCGCCAAAGACAUAAAAAUAAACAGGUCUGCAGUUACAUAAUUAUUAUAUGCACCCGUGAUACAUACACAUGUGCGUUAUUUCCUCAAUAACAAUAUUUAGGAACAUGAUAAUGAUGAAUUUCAAGAAAUGAAUCAAUUGAAAUGCCAGUUUCCUUAAUUUUAAUUUUCAACAAAAAACCCCCCAAAUAUAAUGGAAAUAUUACCAUUCCCUGGGAUCAUUCAAUAUUAUUCACUUUUGCCUAUGACAUCAUUGAUGAGCAUAAUUAUGAUAAAUCAAAAUGAAUAUUUAUUUAUUUAUUUAUUUAGGCAUUUUUAUAUAGCGCUUAUCAUAAAGCUCUAAGCGCUUUACAAUUAUUAAAACAUGUAAACUAAGUAAAUACAAAUGAGACACUAGGAUAGUAACUGCUAUUCUAUAGAAACAAUGAAAAUGGCUGUAAAACGAGGACACUUUGACACUUCAGGAUCAACCCGAAACAGAAAAUGAGGCAGGGCAAGGAGGGUGCAUCACAGGUCAUAGGCGGACCUAAACAGAUGAGUUUUAAGGGACUUUUUGAAAAUGGACGAGGUUUCACUAUGACGUAUAUGGAAGGGGAGCUGGUUCCAGAAUGUGGGCCCAUGGAAGCAGAAGGAGCGUUCACCGAUGGUCUUAGUUUUAGUUCUUGGGAUUGAGAGGGUUCUACUAUCACAAAUGAAGGAAUUGAAUAAACCUAGGGCUCCAAAUUUUAUUUUUGUAAAAACUAAAACCAAAAUAAUGAUAUAAAUAUUACCAUUCCAUUAGUUUUUAUUCCAAAAAACUAUAUACAUUUGCUUAGGCAAAAUUGAAAUUUCUUUUUUGAAAUGAAGGACAAGUAGGUCAUCAUGCAGCUGUGAGCAGUUUUCGCAGAGUAUAGGUCAUAUGACAUAUGAUGAAAGAAAGAUGUCGAGCAAUAAUGGAUAUAUUGGAUUGCCAGCCUAGAGACAGAUGGACAGUCUGACUUCUGGUAGAUGACUGAAAACCUCAACCACUUUCAGCCGAAACCAAAAUUUAACCGAAAGUUAACUUUAUGUUUUGGCCGAAACCGAAACUAGGCCAAAAAUGAUCGAAUGGCAAGCCGAAGCCAAAAUUCGGUUGAUAUCUAGUGUUAACAAUCUUAUAUGUAAAUAGUGAUACUCAAUCAGUUCAUUAAGCUAAUUAUAGUAAUACAGAUUCCUGUAUUCAUAUGAACUUAAAUGAAAUAAAAAUUGUCUUUGUGUACAAAGAAAGUGAGUUAACUAUCUAAUACUAAUAACAUUGUGUGCAACAUUCCAGGGGAAAAACAAUAUGUGGGUAUGAGUUGUUUUUUUUCAGAUAGAAUGUGUUAAAUCUAAGAGUGUAGUAGAGGGCUGUGUGUACUCAAUUAUUUCUAUGUGGAUAAAAAGUGUUAAAUCUAAAAGUGUAGCAGAGGGCUGUGUUGAUAAAAAGUGUUAAAGCUAAGAGUGUAGUAGAGGGGUGUGUGUAUUCUUUGUGGGUAAAGUGUUAACUCUAAGAGUAGUAGAGGGCUGUGUGUACUCCAUUAUUUCUAUGCGAAUAAAAAGAGUUGAAUCUAAAAGUGUUGUAGCGGACUUAGUCUAUUCUUUGUGGGUAAAGUGUUAAAUCUAAAAGUGUAGUAGAGGCUGUGUGUAUGCAGUCAAUGAGCCUCAGUAUGGCAGCAUGUUAUGAGCAGUGCAGUUAGCGAUACUGGAGCGAAUAUCAAGCACCCUAGUAAGGAUUGGGUUAUUUAAAAUAAAAAAAAAUGUAACAAUACCAUUAUCCAUUUGUCUUAUUUUUGUUAUUUUCAAAGAAUGAAAAGGAAAAACGGUUUGAAAAGUAUACCUAUCUUAUUCUGAAGAAAGGAACCAGACAAGAAGGUAUAUAUUUUAAAUUUAGCUUUUUUUUUUUAAUAUGCUUUCAAACAUUUAUUUUUAUUUUUUUCCACCUUGAAAUUUUAAUGUUGAAAUUAUCUUAGGAAUUUAUCUUUCUUUGGGACACCUUUGUUUGUUAAUAUGAUAAUUAUUAACUCCCAGCAGCUCCAGGUAAUUCCUAAAUACAAUUAAGUUGGGAGUCAUAGGGUAUGUCUGAGGGGGUAUCCAAAAGAAAUUGAUGCUAAAAAGGGCUCAGUGAAUCAAAGAGGUUGGGAACCACUGCUUUCUGCACUAAAAAGUGACUAUGGGAUAUAAAUAUAUAUAUUUUUUGCUUGAGACUUGACAUUAAAAUGAUUUUUAUCUCAUGAUCAGUGGCAUCAUGGCCCAGAGUAGUGGAACAGAUCAAAGCACAGAAGCACACACACUGCCACUUGUGUCUCCCAUCUGGGGAGUUGCAGCACAUCAUUAUAUCUAAAGGGAAGUUUGAAAGGUGGGUGUCUUAUCAAAAGCUAACUACUUAUGAUUGGUGAGAUGCGGCAGGAUUGAACGAUGAGAUAUUGUUGGGUUCCGGGCAUGGUUAUAAGCGGGUUCUGGUCUUGUUGGGGUUGUGAGAAUUAUUGCAGGUGUGUUGAGGGAAUUAUUGCAGGCGGGUCCUGGGAAUUUUCACUGAUGGAUUCUGAGAAUUUGCACAUAUUGGUUCUAGGAAUUUUGUAAAGGUGGGUUCUGGGUUAUAGUGUGUGUGUAUGUGGGGGGGGGGGGUUUUUUAGUAUUUUUUACAUGUGGGUUGUGGGAAUUUUAGGAGGGGGAUUUUGGCUUGGGAUUUUUUAUUGCAGGCGGGUCCUGGGAAUUUUCACUGAUGGAUUCUGAGAAUUUGCACAUAUUGGUUCUAGGAAUUUUGUAAAGGUGGGUUCUGGGUUAUAGUGUGUGUGUAUGUGGGGGGGGGGGUUUUCUAGUAAUUUUUACAUGUGAGUUAUGGGAAUUUUAAGAGGUGGAUUUUGGCUUAGGAUUUAAGGGGGUUCUAGGGUAGGGAUUCUUACAGGUGAGUUCUUGAAACUGUUACAGUUUGAUUAUUGCUUAUCAAUAAAUAUUGAUUAUUUACGGCCUCUCAAAUUUUAGAGUAAGUCAUUAAUGAAAAGGCAGUUGUUUAUUUAUUUUUAAUGAUCUUAGUUUCAGUUUCUGAUCUCUGUUUUAUCUAGGCAUCUGUAUAAAUGUGCCCGGAAUAUCGAGCAAGGGGACUUUCUACCUGUGUCGCUCUCCAGGCAUUCAGAGACUCAAGCAGAAACUCAGCCUGAAUGUGUCACAACUGACACCGAGAAGUCAUCGUAAUCAAAACUAUGACUAUUUGAAUCUCAAUGUCCCUUGAGUUCCAUUGGAUGUCAUUGAAUUUUUUGAUCACCUAAAAAAAUGUACCCUUAAAGUUAAAGUUCGGACUCUUCCUUCAAACUGUAGUAUGAAUUAAGAUUGAAAAAAUUGUCAUGGUAAAAGUAGACUGACUGAUUAUAUCAUUAAAGUUCCCAAGACUAUUCGUAAUGCUAAAAUAAAUUUAGUUUAACUUGAAAGAUAAUGUUUGAGUCAUGACUCUGGAAAUCUGGCCAAGCACUCAUGGCUUAUUCAAACGGAUUAUUUGAGGUCUUUUGUCUUAUUUAUAACAGCUUCAGAACUUUGCCGUUCAGCUAUAUAGCAGUAUUUGUUUUUGUGUACCGGAAUGUUAAAGUCCUGGAAAAGUUAUGACAUCACAUAGAGGGAUGGGCUGGAUUGUUGUGAUGGCAACAUUUGUUAGGGGAACAAAAGGAGGGAGGUAUAAAAGAUUAGUAAAAAAAAUUUCAUACUUGACUUUGUACAUUUAAAUUUUUUGCAAUAAUUUGUAUGAGAUUUUUGGCACUAAAGCGGCUAAAAUGAUAUAGACUUUCUACUUCUUUGUUUGUGUUUUGUUAGUCAUUGAAUUAAUUUUUAAUAAGAAUAUCACCAUGUAUAUUUUUUAUGGUGUUUCCUUAACCGAACUAGCAAGGAACAAGCUCUAAGCAAUAAUCCUUUUAUUUAUUACUAAAUCAUAGGUAACACAGGUAAUCAUUGUUUUCCAAUCCAUCCACCAUACUCAUCUGUCCUCCAAUUCAAAUCUACCAUCCUCCAAUGUCUUCUAAUCCACCUACCAUCCUCCCCUGUCCUUCAACCCAGCUACCAUCCUCACCUGUCCUUCAAUCCAGCUACCAUCCUCACCUGUCCUUCAAUGCACCUACCAUCCUCACCUGUCCUUCAAUCCAGCUAACAUCCUCACCUGUCCUUCAAUGCACCUACCAUCCUCACCUGUCCUUCAAUCCAGCUAACAUCCUCACCUGUCCUUCAAUCUGCCCACCAUCCUCACCUGUCCUUCAAUCCAGCUACCAUCCUCACCUGUCCUUCAAUCAGCCUACCAAUCAUCCCCUGUCCAAUUCACCUACAUCUUUAAAAACUACAACAUUCCAACUGUCACACCUUUUCUCCUCCUCAACCCCUUGUUGAAUCAUUGAAUGGAAUUCCAAUGGAAGACCAGAGAUUUAAAAAAAACUAAUACUAAUAUCAAUACAUUUCUGAUGGAGCAAUCUGGCAGUUCCCUGUGGUCUGAACAAUCUGGAAGUACGCUGAACAAUCCAGAAUUGUGCUGAACAAUCUGGAAGUUGCCAAACUAUCUGGAAGUGGCCAAACAAUCUGGAAGUAUGCAGAACAAUCUCAAAGUGUGCAGAACAAUCCAUAAGUGUGCAGAACAAUCCCUAAGUAUGCAGAACAAUCCAUAAGUGUGCAGAACAAUCCCUAAGUAUGCAGAACAAUCCAUAAGUGUG